AUGGAGGUUGAUGAGUCCAGCUACAGCAUGCGCACACUGCAAACAGUGACACACGUACAACAUGCAGAGCAGAGCAUGAAAAGCAAUCGACAGUCUGCCAGGACAGUAAGCUAUGGAACAACAGGCACGUGUGCACAGAAGGGUCUUGCAAUACCACGGGCAAAAGCAACGGCAUCAGCACCAACAGCGACAGCACCAGCAGCGACAGCACCAGCAGCGUCUGUGCCUACAGAUGUAGAGGGCCUGGCAGUACCACAAGUGGCAGCAUUGUCUGCAGCACCAAUGGCAGAACCAGCAGCAUCUCUAACAGCAGAUGUAGAGGGUCCCGUGGUACAACGAACAGCAGCACCAUUGUUGUCUGAGCUGAUUGCUGAACCUGGGACAAGUGCCUCCUACAGCAAGACAUGUUGCACUUUGCUUCUCAGGUCGUUAGUUGUUGCUGGUGUGCUACAGUUCAAUUCAGGCCGAUGUUGCGACAGUGAGUCAAUCGUGUUUGGUGGUUGCAUAGUGUUAGUUGUUGUCAGUUGUAGUUGUAUAGGAUGGGUGGGUCCUAGCUGUGCCGGGGUCUUAUGGGAUUCCUGGUGA